AACUUCACUGUUUAGUAACAUCCGUGAGAUCAAGCGCAGAAGUAGAAAGACCUGGGAAUACAUAACAGAGAAUUUUAUGCAGAAAACAAAAUCACAAACGGGAUGGUCAACCUAGGACUCACCAAAGUGGACGACGCACUCGCGGGGAAGCACCCGGGUUUGCAAACGUAUGCUGCCUGCCAGUCUCGUGCGUUUAUGAAAGGAACAGGAAGCUUCAUAAUCGGUACAGCGAGCCUUUUCUUUGCACAGCAAGCUCUUCAAAAGAGACUACCUUAUCCUCUUCAGUGGAACCUUCUAGUGUCUAUUCUGGCCUCCUCAGUGUUCAGCUACUCAGUGACCCGCUGGGAGACUAUGAAGUGCACAGACUUGUGGGUAUUCCUUGAGAAAGGAGGCCUUCCAGACUCCAACUCAUCCAAGGAUGGGCCUAGUCUAACAACACCUGCAGAUCCCAAAGUCACAAAAUAUGGAGAUACAAUGGAGUAAGUGUCAGCUAGUAAUAUAGUGGAUAAUAUCAGUAAUAUCACUUAAAUCAGUGAUCACAAUUUUUAUUCUGGGUACAUGUUUUAGGAGUUUUUAAUAGUUGGAGUCAAUAUUGGCAUCUUUUUGGUUGAAUGUUUCAAAAUGUAAUAUAUGCUGUAUAUUGUUUUGAGCUUUUUUAUGACUGCAUAUUUGUCAAUAAAUAUGUCAUGCAAACCUGCAUGUCAGUAAUUUUGCA